GGGAUGUCUGUAUUGUUAGUCGAGUAAAAGCCACAGAGAGGAAAGAGAAGCACUCAGACCCACACCGAUGGGGAACCAUAGGCCUAAUUACUUCGACGUUUGCAUUCAAAGUCUGCAGUCGGGCCUCAGCUCUGUGGCUUUGUGUCUAACGUUGUAGUUCUUUGAGGAUCCUGUUUCUGUACUGAGGUUUUUGAGAUGGACCCCAAGGGCCAGACGGGCACCUUUAAAAGAUCCUCCCUCAAACGCAACGUGUCCGGUUCGCAGAAGGCGCAGAAAGCUUGGAUCGAGAGGACAUUUGUGAAAAGGGAAUGUGUCCACAUAUUCCCCAGCAAGGACCCAACCAGAUGUGCCUGUGGUCAGCUGGUGACGCAGCACGUGGCCAUCCCACCCGGCGCCAGCUCCAUAGCAGAGGCGACCCCGCUGGUGCAGAUAGAGACCCCCAAUGACAAAUGGAGCGUGGUGAAGCACACCAGGACCUAUCCGACAGACUCUUACGGGAUCAUCGAGUUUCAGGGAGGAGGAUUCGUCAACAAGGCCAUGUACAUCCGGGUCUCUUACGACACCAAGGCCGACAACCUCCUGCACCUGAUGGUGAAGGACUGGCAGCUGGAGCUGCCCACGUUGCUCAUCUCGGUGCACGGCGGCCUCCAGAACUUUGACCUCCAACCCAAACUCAAGCAAGUGUUUGGCAAAGGCCUGAUAAAAGCCGCCGUCACCACGGGAGCUUGGAUCUUCACGGGUGGAGUGAACACAGGGGUGAUCCGUCACGUUGGAGACGCCUUGAAGGACCAUUCAUCCAAGUCACGAGGGAAGGUGUGCGCAAUAGGAAUCGCUCCGUGGGGUAUCUUGGAGAACAAAGAGGACCUCAUUGGGAAAGACGUGACCAGACCCUAUCAAUCAAUGGCAAACCCACUGAGCAAGCUGGCAGUGCUCAACAGUAGCCACUCGCAUUUUAUCCUCACCGACAACGGGACCUGCGGGAAAUACGGCUCCGAGGUCAAACUCCGCCGGCUGCUGGAGAAGCACAUCUCCCUCCAGAAGAUCAACACUCGUUUGGGUCAGGGCGUCCCUCUUGUGUGCCUGAUAGUGGAGGGCGGUCCCAACGUCAUCUCCAUCACCUUAGAGAGCCUACGGGACGAGCCUCCCAUCCCCGUGGUGGUGUGCGAUGGCAGCGGCCGCGCUUCCGACAUCAUAUCCUUCGCACACAAGUUCUCCGAGGACGGAGGCCUGGUCAGUGACGACGUGAGAGACCAGCUCCUGGUCACGAUCCAGAAGACGUUCAACUACAGCAAAAGCCAGUCUCAGCAGAUCCUGCUCAUGGUAAUGGAGUGCAUGAAGAAAAGGGAGCUGAUCACUGUGUUUCGAAUGGGGUCCGAGGGGCAGCAAGACAUCGAAAUGGCCAUUCUGACCGCCUUGUUAAAAGGCACAAACGCGUCCGCAGCAGACCAGCUCAGUCUGGCUCUGGCCUGGAACCGAGUGGACAUCGCCCGCAAUCACAUUUUCGUUUACGGGCACAACUUACCACCCGCUGGAGCCAUUGCCAACACAACAGCUAAUGCGGUAUCGACUCAGGAAAAACCAAAGAGUCCAGCCAGUGCGCCGCGCAGCAAGGUCCGGGCCAAAAAGGGGAAGGGGAAGGGGAAGGCCAAACCUGAACCUCCGGAGGAGACAGAUCCCAGGAAGCUGGAGCUCAUUCGCUGGGUGAACUCUUUGGAGCAGGCUAUGAUGGACGCGCUGGUGCUGGACCGGGUGGACUUUGUCAAACUGCUGCUUGAGAACGGGGUCAACAUCCAUCAUUUCCUCACCAUCCCCAGGCUGGAGGAGCUGUACAACACAAAACUUGGCCCUCCAAAUACACUCCAUGCUGUGGUUAGAGAUGUUAAAAAGGGAAACCUUCCUCCAGAUUACCAGAUCACUUUGAUUGACAUCGGUCUGGUCCUGGAAUACCUCAUGGGUGGAGCCUACAGGAGCAACUACACAAGGAAGGCUUUCCGCAACCUCUACAAUACUCUAUACGGACUAAAAAGGCCAAAAGCUUUGAAGCUCCUGGGAAUGGAGGACGAUGAACCGAGGACAAAAGGCAAGAAAAAGGCCAAAAAGAAGAAGGAAGAAGAGGUGGAGAUAGACGUGGAUGACCCAGAGGUGUGUCGGUUCAAGUACCCCUUCCACGAGCUGAUGCUGUGGGCAGUGCUGCUGAAGCGCCAGAAGAUGGGGCUCUUCCUUUGGCAGCGUGGCGAGGAGGCCAUGGCCAAGGCCUUGGUGGCUUGUAAGCUCUAUAAGGCCAUGGCCCACGAGUGCUCCGAAAGCGAACUGGUGGACGACAUAUCCCAAGACCUGGAGAACAACUCCAAAGAGUUUGGCCAACUGGCUUACGAGCUGCUGGAUCAGUCCUACAAGCACGAUGAGCAGGUGGCCAUGAAACUCCUAACAUACGAGCUCGUCAACUGGAGUAACUCCACCUGUCUGAAGCUGGCCGUGGCUGCAAAACAACGGGACUUCAUCGCUCACACCUGCAGUCAGAUGUUGCUCACUGACAUGUGGAUGGGCUGUUUAAGGAUCGGAAAAAAUCCUGGCCUCAAGGUUAUUCUUGGAAUCAUCUUACCUCCCAUGAUUAUGCUCCUGGAUUUCCGAAUCGGAGAGGACACGUCUUAUCAAAGACCCGGAGACAAAGAAGAAGGAAAGGACAAAGACGACGACACGAAAUCCAGCAAGGACCCUAACAACGACGCCACUUCCCGCAAAGGUGACGAGGAGGAGGGCAGCACCGAUGUCCGCAAAAUUCCGAUUGGAAGAAGGUUCUUUGAGUUUUAUGACGCCCCUUUUACCAAAUUCUGGUUCAACACCAUUUCCUAUCUGGGUUAUUUGAUGUUGUAUAAUUACAUCAUCCUGGUGAAAAUGGAGCGAUGGCCAUCGGUACAAGAGUGGAUGGUCAUUUCGUACAUCCUCACUCUUGGCACGGAGAAAGUUCGACAGAUUCUGAUGUCAGAGCCGGGGAAGCUGAAACAGAAGAUAAGUGUCUGGAUGGAGGACUACUGGAACAUCACAGACCUCGCAGCCAUCUCCACCUUCCUUCUGGCGCUGAUGCUGCGGCUGCACCCUGAACCGUACAUGGGCUACGGCAGAGUCAUCUACUGCAUCGACAUCAUCUUCUGGUACAUUCGCGUGCUGGACAUCUUCGGAGUCAACAAGUACCUGGGACCCUACGUGAUGAUGAUAGGGAAAAUGAUGAUUGAUAUGAUGUACUUCGUCGUGAUCAUGCUGGUGGUGCUGAUGAGCUUCGGCGUGGCCCGUCAAGCCAUCCUUCACCCGGACGAAGAGCCAACGUGGCGCCUGGCCAGGAACAUCUUCUACAUGCCCUACUGGAUGAUCUAUGGGGAGGUUUUUGCGGACUCGAUAGACCUCUAUGCGAUGGAAAUCAAUCCUCCAUGUGGAGAACAUUUAUAUGACGAAGAUGGGAAAAAACUUCCUCCAUGCAUUCCCGGUGCAUGGCUCACUCCUGCCAUCAUGGCUUGCUAUCUCCUCGUGGCAAACAUCCUUCUGGUUAACUUGCUCAUUGCCGUCUUCAACAACACCUUCUUUGAAGUCAAGUCCAUCUCCAACCAGGUGUGGAAGUUUCAAAGAUACCAGCUGAUCAUGACUUUCCACGACCGCCCCAUCCUGCCGCCGCCUCUCAUCAUCCUGAGCCACCUCUACAUCCUCUUCAACAGGCUUUUCCGACGCUGCAUCAGGAAAAAAGCGGAAGGAGAGCUCGAUGAGAAGGACCGGGGCCUUAAGCUCAGGCUAAAUCCAGAGGAGCUAAAGAAUCUGUAUGAGUUCGAGGAACAAUGCGUGGAGGAAUAUUUCCGUGAAAAAGAGGACGAGCAACAGUCCUCCAGCGACGAACGCAUCAAGGUUACUUCAGAGAGAGUAGAGAACAUGUCGAUGCGUCUGGAGGAGGUCAACGAGAGGGAAAACACCAUGAAAGCGUCUCUGCAGACGGUGGACCUACGCCUGGCCCAGCUGGAGGAGCUCCACGGACGCAUGGCUUCGGCACUGGAAAAGCUUGCGGGGGUGGACAAACUGGAGCUGACCAGGACCUUCUCCAAAAGCUCGUCCAUCUGCGACCAUUCCACUCUCCUGCGGCAGGGCAGCAUCAACAGCGCAGACGGUUACAGCCUCUACCGCUUCCACAUGGACAUGGAAGAGUUCGCGUCCAGGCAGAAGGACGCGGACGAGAAAGGAGGAGGCCUGGAGAGAGAGCGGAGUGUGCGGCAAGCCUCGAGCACCUGUGCCCUCAACGUGGCGCAGACCCUGGAGGUCGGCGGUCUGGAGAGGUCACGGCCGGGCUCAUGUGUAGACAUUCUCAUAUCUCCGUGUGAGCAGAAGCUUUCGUCUCCGUCGACAAGCCAAGAGGCCAUAGCCAACAUAAGACAAGGCGGCCCGAUGUUUCUGGAUCAGGUACUGGACAAAAACAGGCUAAAACCGUUAUCGCCUGCUAAACGGGCCAAAUCGCUCAAAUACUUCCCCGCUGAAGACCAAUCCCUGUCUCCUUUAACGAAGAAAAGAUCUAUGAGCACCGUCACUGUCCACCCCCCUGAUGAACCAGAGAGAGCUGCUGAGCCCACAGCAGAGGCCAAGCCUCUGGUAGGAGCUUCCUCCUCUCCAAGGAGGGCAAAAUCUCUAAGAGAUCUUCCGGCUGAAAGCCAAGGUCAGACAUCUCCUGUGAUAAGGAAGAGGGCCAUCAGCAGCAUCAUCUACGAUCCGGCCGAAGCAGGUGAGAGAACUCCGACGCCGGCAGACUUCAAGUACCAGGUCCGUCCCAGUGGCAAAACUUCAUCAGUCAAAUCCCUCGCUCAGCAGUUCCAGACCGCUGCUUCUCACGAAGAGGCGAAAGGGCCGAAUGACACGGAUGCAGUAGCUUCACAAAGUGAGACCGGACAAACGGAAACAGGGCAAGACGAAGUCCCAAAGACAACAAGGCCCAAGAGAAGCCCCUCAGACGGUGCGGACUACCUGACCGUAGCCGAUGAAAGGUGCAUGCGGUCUCACAGGUCGAAGAGCUGCAACGCCAGCGACAGGAAAGCGAAGCCCUUGAUGGUGCCGACGGAGCCCAGAGCCUCCAGCAGUGAGCGAGACCUCGCCGAAGCAAGCAGAGCGGCUGCUUUCGGAUGGGAAGAAGAGAAGGGGAAGAUGAUGAAGGUGGGAAAAACAGAAGAGGGAGGGGAGGAUGAGAAAUGAAAGCAAUGUAGGAAGGAAAACGAAUUGUAGAAGCAAGAGUGAGCAGCAAGACAGGUGUGAAAAAAUGUCAAGUGGUUUAAAAAAAACAAAAUCACAGCUAAUUUAUGAUUUUUUUUUUUCCUUUACUGUUGCUGCUUUCAGUGGUUGUAACAUACAAUAACUUACAAAGACUACCAGUCAUAUUACAGUUUCUUUUCCCCAGUUGUUGUGUUUUCAUGUAAAAGGGAAACCUUCUAGACGGCUUGUUUCAGUAAAAAA